AUGCCUGUUGCAAAGACCUCCACGCUCCCAGAUCCGUCCCAGCAUCCCUACGCGCCUAUAUCUUCCCCUGACGACGCUGCCUCCGCCGCCAAGUUCUCCUCCUCCUCCUCCUCCUCCUCCCUCGCCCGCGCCAGUCGACGCUCUCUUGCCGUCAUCGCCUUCGAGAAAACCUCCAACGCCAUUGCCAAUCUCGCCUCCCUAGGCUCCGCGCCCAACAGCUCCUCCCUCCGCUCCAGCGCCUCCGCCGGGAGCCUGUCCAAGCACUCCCACAAAUACUUCCAGCUGGGCAAUCCCGCGCCUUCUGUUUCGGUCGAGGGACCGGCCAGUGGUGAACAGUCAAACCGGAACGAAGAAUCUUCGCAGACUGGUGAAGCGACAUCGGCCUCGAAGCGCCGGAACACCAUCCAACUCGUGCGUCGCCCCGGGACUUCCUCUCCUCCUCCGCUGCCAGGAGCCACCGCACUCGCGCGGUCCAACAGCAAGAUGCAUCAAACAUCGUCGCGGUUACUGCGCAUGACCGAAGAUGAUCGGCCGUUCACCAAGGAUUUCAAUGACUUGUUUUCUACGCUGAUGGUUAGCUUGAAACUCGACACCCAUCGGGUGCGGUUCACCAAGUUCGAACACACCUUCACCUCCGAAGAGGCCAUCAAUAACCUGGGCUCGCUCAAGUUCUCCCAAUCCAACCGCAUGCCGGAUCCCAAGGACCCGUCCCGUAUUGUCACCACGACGACGACCACCACCUUCUCCAUGGCCAAGGAGAUGGCCCGGUCUGUCUGCCAGCGCUUCGUGGAUGCUCGAUUCAUUGAGGCCGUUGAUGGUCGAGGGAACCAGUUCUUCCCCAUGAAGGGUGGCCUCUACCAGCUGACUCCCAAGGGGAUCAACAUCCUGCAACGUUUCUGCCAGCGCAACGGCAUCACGGCCCGGCACAUCAUGGACGUUCUGGAAUCCCCUCGGAAUACCAUGCAGCUGGUCAACUUGGAACGUGACUCGGAGACCGACAAACUGUCGACGGACCGCGGCACCGUCGAGGUGAUCUUCCGACGCUUCGCCGGCCAGGAUGGCCCGAAUGUGAAGUCCAGCGUGUCCAGUUCCGACUCGGACUCGUUGAGUGACUACUCCAACGGUCUGGUUGGGGUCAAGAUGGCCAAGGAGAGAAAAAUCGGUGACAAAGUCUACCAGAACACGUUCACCGGGAAAGCCGCUGUCGAUUGGCUCAUGGAUUGUUCCACCACCAACGACCGACGCGAGACCUGCCUGAUUGCGUCCCUGUUCGUGAAGCACGGCCUAAUAACGGCAGUCCAGGAGGAUCGAGCCUAUGCUCAACAGGAUCCUACGGCAGUGGACUUCCAGCCCACCAAGCAUGCCAUCUACACGGUGACGGAACGGGGCCAGCGGGUAUGUGGCUGGAUUGCCCGUGAGAAGAGUGCGGUGACCACUUAUGACAAUCGGAACGCCCGAGACUCCAACCACGCCCGCUUGAACCAGAUCCUUCAUGAUCCCGCUUUGCGGCUUCUGUUCCGCGAAUUCUUGCGCUACUCUUUAUGCGAGGAGAAUCUGUCCUUCUAUGUCGACGUGUCGGAAUUCACGGCCAACUAUCACCGUCUCGAAAAGGCCGGUGCUUUCAACAAGAUUGACACGGUGCGGGAAACUCUUGCUGCCGCUUAUGGUCUGUACAAUGCAUUCUUGGCUCCAGGCUCUCCUUGCGAGCUUAACAUUGAGCAUGGUCUGCGAAACAGCCUGGCUAGCCGGAUGACAAAAGCCGUCGGGGACGACGAGUCUAUGCUGAAGAGUUUGCAAGAAGUGGUGAACCUGUUUGAGCUGGCACAGACGUCGGUUUUCAAGUUGAUGUCAAGCGACUCGGUGCCGAAGUUCCUUCGCGACCCGAAAUACUCGGUCGUUCUCCAAGAGCACGACUUCGAUCUCUCAGGCAGUGGGCGGUCGUACUCACCUACGCCUGCUCCUCCUGAGCGCUCCAUGAGUCGUUCUGUGCGGUCCUGA